AUGUCCGAAUCUCCGAUUGGGCCCCCACAGCUCAGCGUGACCUUCAGUGAAUCAGGAAUCAUGACGGAGAGCCAAGGAUUUUCGUCACCAGUUGGACUGGACGAGACCGGCGGAAAGUCCAACACCAAGAGACUGUGCCAGGGUGGAGAUGACUCGGCCGCUCUGCAUCGUCAUGGAGAGAAAAACGGAACAUCUUUCAACACCGAGGUAUUAAAUGAUGACGGCGGAGAUGCCAGACCCCCGCGCAAAAGGCUCAAACACACAGCGGGUUGGCAUGACGCGAGGAAAACAAACCAGGCAGAUCUACGUCAACAGAAAAAGUUUGCUGAAAUGUCUUGGUUUUGGAGCAUGGGGUGGGCUCUGAAAUACCUGGAUGUUGAACCACACCGUUAG